AUGGCGGCGCACCUCCGGGCGCUGGAUGCCACCGAGCAGCUGCACGCCAGGAAGGUGGCAUCGCUGCUCAACUCGCAGAACAGGCUGCGCUGCGAGAACGCCGCCCUGAAGCGGGAGGAUGUGGCGCGGCGCGCGUCCGGCCGAGGCGCCGCCUUGGCCCGGGCAGAGCAGGAAUUGCUCCAGCAGGAUGCGAUUCUCCGGGCAUUCUACAACUUUUUGGGGAAGGACACCGCACGGAAGCAGAUCUUGCGAGCUUUGGAGGCUGGGCCUAAGCGCAUCCGCCCCACGACGCGGGAAGAGCUUAGGUGGCGCUUGGAGGAUGCCAGGGCAGAGCUCAGUGAGCUGCGCGCGCAGAAGGCAAAGAGUGAGGCGGUGGAACAGCCAAGCAAACCACGUGAAGGCGGAGAAGUGGAGGCAGAGCUGGCGGCCCAGAGGCGAGCCAUCGAGGAGUGGAAGCAGCGGAUAGCAAAGCAGGAGCAGAGCAAUGCUGGGCAUCAGGUGGAGAUCGUCUCCCUGGAGCGCGCCCUGCAGAGCGGCUUGGAGCGCCUGGACGCGCCCGCGCGGAGCGCGGCGGCGCGGCCGCCGUGGCAGCUGCUGGCCUGCCAAGCUCCUGAGCCAGACGUUCAAGCUCUCAAGGAAAGGCUGCGGUCCCAGGACAAGGCUCUCUCCGCGCUGCGGGAGGAGCGCGUGCGGUCGGAGGAGCAGUUGAUGGCGUCUCAGCGGAAGACCCAGGAGCUGUCGCAGGAGCUCCACGACCGGCGGGGGGAGCUACAGCGCCUGCGCGCCCGUAGCGGCGACGCCAAGAGGCAGAUUGGCAUCAUCCAGCAGGGCGAGAUUCUGUCGCUGCAGAAGGACCUGCAGGCGCGGCAGCUGGCCGUUGAGGAGGUGCAGGCUCGCCGCAAAUCCUUCAGUGCAGACCAGAAGGGCGCCGUUUUGGAUGGACAGCGCCGCGUCUCGGUGCUGCAGUCGGACGUGGCGCGACAAGAGCAGCGGGGCCUGGAGGAGCUGAAAGCACAGCUGGCGGCCGAGGAGGCGGCGCUCUCUGCGCAGCACGACGAGCAGCUGCUGGAGAUGUCGCGUGCUGAGAAGCAAGCGGAGGCGGCAAUCGAGCUGUGCCGCAAGGAGCAGGCGCUGGUCCGCGCGGAGGCGGAGGAGGAGGGCGCCGUGUCGGCCGCCUUUGCGGAGGCGGAUUGGACGGUGAGCGCGGUGGGGGAGGCGGCGGCCGCCGCCGCCGUGGCUGCCGAGGCGGCGCUGAAGUCGAGCCCCGCGGCGGCGGAGGUGGCCGCGCGGGCCGCGGCGGAGGUGGCGGAGGCCCUGGCCGCGGCCGGGGGCUCCAGCCCCCGGCGCGCGGCCGAGGCGGGCCGUGUGGCCGCUGCGCGGCUGGCGUCGAAGGGCCUGGCGGAGCGCCGGGCGUCGCUCGCUGGCGCCACGGAGUUCCAAGAAGGACUCUGGCAGAAGUCGGUGCGGGUGCGGGAGGAGACCUCAGCCAUGGAGACGCGCAGGGAGGAGCUGCGUUUGGAGAAGAUCGACUUGGAGUUGGAGCUGGAGACGUCGGAGAAGCAGCUGGAAGACCGCAAGUACCGUGAGAAGGGCGGCGCUUCCGGCGCGAGUCUGGUGGUGCGGCCGGAUGCCACGGUGAGUAAGGUGGACUUGGCUUGCCUCAGGGCAGAGCUGGCGGUGCAGCAGUCGGUGACGGAGCAGGAGGUGGCGCAGUGUAGAGCAGAAGUUGAACAAGCAGAAUCUAUGCUGGGCGAGGUGUCCGAGGCGGCGGCGGAGCAGCGCUGCGCCGCGGCGAGCCGCAGCGAGGCGCUCAGCGCCCUAAAGCUCAAGGACCGGCCCAGCCUGCUGGAGGAAGCCAGGGAGGAGAGGCGCGUGGCCAAAGAAAGCCUGCGCGCCGCACACGCCGAGCUGGACCGGCUCCGGCGCAGGAGUGAAGAUCCGCCUGCCCCUGAUGACGCCUCCUGCAUCGAGAGCGAGGUUUCGGAGGACUGGAUCCGUGUGCCGAUCCACUUGGAGCCGCGCACCGACCGCGGCAAGUUGGUCGCUGAAGUCGAGGCUAAGAAGGAGCUGCUGGCGCAGUGCGGCGUGGCGGCGGCGUUGCACGCCGAGGCGGAGGCGCUGGACAUCCAGAAUCUGAAUCUUCAAGAAGAGAAGCGGGACUUGGAGAUGCGGGUUUCGGCGGCGCAGUUCGCCUUGAAGCACUGGCUACAAAGAGACAAGGCUGCACAGCCAACUGUGGGCUGCGCCUUUUGUCAGCACUGCCAACUGCGCUCCUGAGCAAACUGCUCGGAUCAUGUUCAUAGUGGCUGCAGUUAGCCCAGCAUGUAGUCCCCUGCAAGUUCACGUUGGAACCCACA